GUUCAUUGGGCCUAAUUAAUUGUAAUUAUUUACACAAACCCUCUCUCCUAUUGCUUAGUACUAGUAUUAUAGUUCGUCAUUACUACAUCAUUAAAUCCCACCAUUUACCAACAUAAUAUCAUCACCAAAAAGUUAAAAAAGAAUAAGAAGUUACAUUACAUCUCCAAUAAUAACCGAUGCCCUUAUGAGAUGGUUGAAAUCCCGUUUAGUACCAAAUCUUUUGAUCUCCUUUUGUUUAUCUCGCGCGCGACACCAUGAAUCGCUGGAAUUCGCAAUUGACUGUACGUAUGGUAAAAAUACGCACUAAGGCUCAACCAGACGUUGAAACGCGGAUGAAUAUGAUUAUCGUUUUCGUUGACUGCCACACGAGGCUCAACCUCGGCCUGAGCAUCGCGAGCCAACGCCACGAUGAUCGAUAUGAACCGGCCAUGAAGCAGCCGAUUAUUAGGAACCACAACUUUUUCCACGAAUCGUCGAGGAAGAAGAAGACAUCUUCCGUGCCGCCGCGUUUGGACCUCUCCUUCAAGCUUUUUCCUAACGACGAAACCGCCCUUAAUGAUAGAGAAUUAGUGACGAGAUCGUCGUCGUCGUCAAUCGAUACGGAUGAUGAGCAAGACAAAUCCGGAGGGCGUAAAGUGAUGAUGGAUGGGAGAAAGAAGAAGCUGCGGCUGAGCAUGGAGCAAACCAGCUUGCUCGACAACACAUUCAAACUCCAAACCACCCUCAACACGGUAUUCAUUCCUUGAUUUCUCCUCGAUCUGCAUCCAUUCUCUUCCUCUUCUUUUUUUAUAUAGUAAUUUUGAACCAAAUAUCCAGAAUUCCAGAUGAAUAAUAGUGUCCUUCCUGCACUGAUUUAUAGCUUGUCAUUGUUGAAAUAAUAUUCAGUAAGAUUAUUAGCUUAAUUUGGUUUUUCCCCCCUUCGUAUUAUACCUAUAACUCAGUAUCAUGCUGGUGUAAUACACAAAAUUCUGGUCAACUGAUUAACCUUGUAAUCGGAGACUCUUCCAUAUCAGUCAUGAAAACGUGCAUGGGCAUUGACGAAUAAUGCAUGGUUUUUAAUUUUUAUUAUCAUACGAUUCAUACUACUACUAUUAUUAUUUGUUAAUGGCAGUAAUUUGGUUCUUUUAAUUUGAUUAAUUACGAUGAUCAGAUUAAACAAGUUGAUUAUGGGUGAUGGCAGGCACAAAAGCAGGCACUUGCAGAGCAGCUGAAACUGACGCCAAGACAAGUUGAAGUCUGGUUUCAGAACAGAAGGGCCAGGUAAUUAAUUUCGUUUAUAUUU